UUUUUUUGAGACCGAAAGUCCUACGCGUUGAGACAGUGCGCUUCAUCAUCGUCAUCACCGUCGCGUCCACCCCCGUGUCUUGGUUUCGGCUUUCGAGGGAAACACGAGUUGCCAGAUCUCCCGGAUCCGCCCCUUCCCCGACCCGAAUCGCGCGGAGAUGGACGCCGGCGGCAGCGGCAGCGGCGCCGACCUGAGGAGCAGCAUCAAGAAGUGGAAGAUCAUCUACCCGGUGUACCUCAACUCCAAGAAGACGGUCGCCGAGGGCCGCCGCAUCGCCGCCGCCAAGGCCUGCUCCGACCCCACCUGCAUCGAGAUCGCCGACAGCUGCGCCUACCUCAAGAUCCCUCGCGCCAUCGAGUUGGAUAAGGCGUAUCCGCGGGAUUUCUUCCAGGUGGGGAGGGUGAGGGUGCAGCUCACCAAUGACGACGGCUCCCCGGUCAACCCUGCAAUCAGAACAAAGAAGCAGCUAAUGAUCCAAAUAGCAGAGCUGGUCCCCAAGCAUCAUGGGAGGACUAAGAAGCAGGAACCAGUGGCAGGUCCAUCAGUUACAACUACUAACAAGAAAAAUAAGAAGAAGAAGUAGCAUUCUGUGUUGUUUUUUCUGUUCAUAGAAAGUUUUCUAGAAAAUUCAUCAGAGGGAGUUCUUGGUUGUCUGUCUGCUAUGAGGCCUGAAAAACUGUGAAUUUUCUGAAUUUCUUAUUUUAUAUGGUGACUUCUGCAACCGUUUUGCUUGUUGCCUUGAAAGGCUAAAAGUGGGGACUACCUACUGUUGUUUGCAGCA